CCACUCUCGACCACAGACACUGCCAUUGCGCAACAACUUUGUGUCCUUCCACCGAACGACUUACCACAACUCCCCAACGUAAGGACGGCAUCGCUUGACAUUCGGAUAGAUCCAUUGCAGCCUCCACAAUACGAUGGCGCUCAAAGGCAUUGGCCCAUUCGCGACCUACCUCAUCGUAGGCUCAACCUGCUUCUUCCUCGGCAUCCUCUUUGGCAACCUCCCAUACGACUACUUCAUCCUGUGGUCGCAGCCAUGGCCGACGGAAGCGGACCCCGACCCCAUGACCCGAUACUUCGCGCUGCAAGAGUCGCACGUCAAGUUCCUGCACGCCUCGCCGCCGCUCAUCAGCCGUCUGCUCAAUCUCGUCAUCGGCGUGGGCCUGCUCGGCUUCCUGAUGAAGCUCUACCGCCCCACCGAGGCGAACAAGCUGUUCGACGGCGCCAGCCUGGCCCUGUACAUGGUGGGCAUCACCGUGUACGCGACGAACAUCGUCAAGGGCAUGCGCGCGGCCACGGCGGGGGUGUAUGGCAAUCCGGAGCUCGCGGAAGACCCGGUCGCGUUGCAGAAAAGCCUUGAUUCGGCUGAUGCGGCCAUCGUUGGGCGCGAGGAUACGCUGCGUGUGAUUGCGGCGAGCAACACCAUUCUCGCCUUCAUCCUUAUCGGCAUCCUUGUGCUGCAGGCCGGUCAGUGGUACGCGCAGAGAAAAGAGGCGCAGGAGAUGGAGAUCAUCGACAAGGCGCGGGAUGACAAGCGGAAGGAGAAGGCGUUGGAGAAGGCGGAAAAGACGGACAAGUCGAGCAAGAAGAAGCAAUGAGCACGGGGUGGGUGUUGGGGGUUGGAUACUAGAUGCAGAUGAGCAUUGAUUGAGAAGAUCCAAGGCUUGCGACCAGUUUAAAUAGAGUAGCAUGGCAAAGUGAGUU